AAACAAAGAAAGACAAAACUCCUCCCAAGAUAAAACAAGUCCUAUUUCACACAAGCCAAUAACUAUUUCCGAUCAAUACCGAAACCUCAGCAAUUGGCGUCCGUGGAUAAAAACGGUAUCGAAAUAUCCAAAUCGAGUAAUGUCCCUCCCGACCCCGCGCCUCCUCCCUGAGCAUUUGCAUGCCUUUCUCCCAGGCCCCAACAUCUCAGGACCGAGCACAAUCCGCAUCCUAGGAACAGUAACCGCACUGCGUGGCGAACAUGCGACCAUUAAUUGCGGCAACCACGGGGAUGUCACGUUAAUUUUGAACCGCGAGGCGCAUUUACAGUUAGGCAGGAUGGUGGACGUUGUGGGGAAAGUUACGCAGUUGGAUGGGGGCCUUGCUGUAAGGGUUUUGAAUGCAGUGGAUUGUGGUGAUCCAAAGGAGAUUGACUACAAAAUCUACGAACAAGUCGUCGAAGUUACACAUCGGGUUAAAGAAAUCUUCUAUUAAAGCAAUCGGAAUAUGAGUGAAUGCCCUCACAAAAUAAAAUUUUCAUUUUGAUACCCGCAUUAUGCAUGCACGACCCACCAGUUUCUGUAUUUCCUAUGAAGACAACAAUUUCAGCGAGAUGAUGGGGUGAGAAAGUAGAUGGAUGAUCAUUCCGCAAUUCACUUCCGUGACAAUGUAGUCAUGAUCCAUUUUCGUUCACGGGAAACUGGAAAAUUUAUGGUUGGGCAUGUAGUAAUGAAAUCAAGGACGUUGACGGAAAGAAGGAUUUAUUUUCGCUU